CGAACUUACAUACUUAAACCACCUCAAUUUACAGAAGGCUAUCCAACCAAUUUAAUCAAAAAUAAAUUUACGCAAUUCACAAUAUAUUUCUCCAACGUUAGAAGUCUAAAUUGUGCAGAAUGUCACAGUUGUGGCAGCAUCCAUUUGUAAAUGUCUUCAAACAUUUCAAUGUGGCAUCAUGGAAGAAGUCAACCAAAGAGGGGGAAGUUGUCAGCACCAUGGACCGAACGCUGAAGUGCACUGUGUACCGCAUCACUGGAUCCAUCCCUGCAGGAAACUACAUUCAACUUCCCAAAACAUCGUCACAGUCUCUUGGUCUCACUGGACGAUACCUCUACAUCUUUUUCAAACCGGUUCCAACCAAAUACUUUGUUGUCCAUGUUGAUGUCACAACUCUAGAUGGAUUGGUUGUGCGUAUUUCCUUCUCAAAUCUUUUUAAGGAGUUCAAGUCUACCUCGACUUGGUUACAGUUUCCUUAUGUUUGCCAUUCUUCAAAGGGAUCCAUCCAUGGCUGCGCCAGCAGUGGAGCCAGAGACAACAGUGGGCCUACACCUAUGUCAUCCAGAUGGACAAUGCUGUGCCUUGACUUCUCUUACAUACUGUCGAUGUACUUGAAUAGAAAGUAUUCCUACAUGAAGAGUAUCAGGCUCUGUGCAAACAUGUUUGUCAAGAAUAUCAUUACAAGUGACGUAGAGUAUGAACCAGGCAUGACCCUUGACGAAGUGAAAAAGAGUGGCAUGAAUCUACGUGGGGUGAUGCCAUUACCCAGAGAGGUGUCCUUCCCACUUGGCAAGGGCGAAUAUUGGCAUGAUUACUAUGAUCUCAUCAGGUUUCCAUCAGAUGGGAACAAGAAGCCAUUUGACUCAAUACAGCACAGCAAACAUGAACCACCACAGACAAAAAGCGGUGCCCCAGGUAUUAUCUGUCCAAGAGAACCAUCUCCCAAACGUAUAUCACCGAAAACAGUUGACGUCAGCAAAGCUGUAUCUGACCGAGUUUCUCUCAUCAACAAAAUUACAUCACCGAAGAAGACUCCACGUCGGAAAGAUCGACAAGUUGUUUCAGAAUUACCCUCAAUAGGCCUAGAUGAUGGCAACAUCAGUGUUAUGAAGGAUGAUCGAGGAGAGGUUCAUGUGUUUGCUCGACCCGAGGAACAGGUGGUGAUUUCCCGAAGAGAAAGAAGUGACAAAACAAGGAGUAUUUCAGCCAAGCAUGACCCUCCCAUGAUUCUACCAAAGAAAAAGCCAUCCUAUCAGAGUUUGUUGCCCGAUCCCAUUCUGCAGCUGCAAAGAAUUGUUGGAUUUGGAGGAGCAACAUUCAGGGAGGCACUUUGGACCAAGAAUGGUAAAGCCGUUCUUUACCCGUGUCAUGCUGUGAUCGUCAGCAUGGAUACUAAAACUGGUUACCAGAGAUUCUUCAUCGGACACACAGAUAAGAUUUCAUGUUUGACCUUCAACGGAAGCAUGUCCCUUUUGGCAUCAGGCCAGACUGGCACGCAGAGCGUGGUGAGGAUUUGGGACUUCAAGAGUCGGGAGUGCCUAGCUAUGUUCAAAACACAUGUGCAUUCUGUUCAUUGUCUAAGUUUCUCCAACAGUGGCACUGUCCUGUGUGGUGUUGGGAAAGAUGGCCAUGGGAAGAAUAUGGUUGUGAUAUGGAAUACAUCCAAAGCGGAAAGACGAGGUGAAGUGAAUGUCAUGGCCAAGGCUCAUACAGAUGUCGACAUCGUGCGCAUGAAGAUUGCUGACUUUGAUGACACAAGGAUGGUGUCAUGUGGCCGUGAUAAUGUGCGAGUCUGGCGCGUGAGGGAUGGAGCCCUGAGGUCAGCGCCAGUGAAUCUUGGCGAGUAUCACACAAUGGAGUUCACCGACGUCUGCUUCGAGGCUGGAUAUGAGGCAACCAAAGAACCUUCAGAUCGUCUGCUGUAUGCCUGCAGUAGAAGUGGGCACAUUUUCGAAAUCAACUACAAGAAAAUGGCAAUCCAGCACGUCAGACGUUUACUGCCAGCCGUCAAGAAGAAGAACAGGGAAAAGAUCACAUUUAAUUCUGGUGCAGGAAUAGCACUUAACACCAUGUCGAUCAGUGAAUCUUUCUGUGUGACCGGCUCCGACGAUGGAUACCUCAGACUCUGGCCGCUAGACUUUGCUCAGGUGUAUCUAGAAGCAGAGCAUGAGGGCCCAGUUACAGCAGUGUCGAUAUCGACGGACGGUUUAAAAAUCCUUGCAGGAACUGUCACAGGCAACUUGGGCAUCCUAGAUGUGGCGACAAGGAACUACACAACCAUCAUGAGAUCUCACACUGACCAUAUUCACUCAGCGGCGGUUGACCCCCUCAGGAGACACAUUGCCACUGUGUCUAAAGAUCAUACCAUCCGUGUUUGGGACAUCGAUAACCAACAACAGUUAUUUGAUUUCACAGCUCCACAGGAGUGUCCAUGUGCCAUAUGCUACCACCCAACCCAGCAGGUGUUUGCCUGUGGCUUUGAGAGUGGCUCAGUAAGGAUUUUCAACGUUGGAACAACCAGCAUGUUAGCUGAAUACCAGCAACAUCGAGGUCGUGUCACUGGCCUUGCCUAUUCACCAAACGGCGAGUUCCUAUACAGCUCUGGUUCUCUUGGAAUCCUAGCUCUCUACGAUGCCUCAACUGAUAAAUAUGCGCUGUUAAGAGUCCUUGGUAACACUGUGGCACAUGGGGAUCAGUUCGCCCCAGAUGCCUUGACUGUCAGUCCAGAUGGAAACAGCGUAGCAUUUGUUGGUCCUUCUGAGUUCACAAUCAGUGUAGUAAAUGCCAGGUCAUUAGAUGAGAUUCUUCGUGUUGACAUCAGUACCAUCAACCCAUCAGAUGGAGGUGGUGUGGAUACAGCAAGACGUGUUUGCUUCGCCCCAGCCAAUAUGAGGCAUCUCCUUGUCACCACAUCCAACAAUAAACUGCUCAAACUGGAUGCAAGGUCUGGCAGACUUCUUGCUGAGAUCAACAACGUCCAGAGAGUGGACUGUACUGCCCUGGCUGUCACAAGUGAUGGUAAACACCUAGCCACUGCUGGUGACCGUGUGAUCAAGAUAUGGGAUUAUCACAUGAGACUAGACCUAAAUUUCCAGGUGUUCAUUGGACAUUCUGGACCGAUCAGCAGUCUGAUUUUCACUCCUGACUCCCUGAGUCUGAUCACGAUUGGUGAAGCUAUCUUCAUGUGGGAUUUCCUGGCAAACUUGCACGAAAAACGUUUAGUACCUGAGGGAAGAGUGACCAUCAAGAACGACUUUGAAGAAACAGGUGGCGGGAUGAAUACAAGUCCUUAUCGAAGUAUUCUGUCCAAUGUGCCAAGAGAGAGGGCACCAUUACCCCAGGAACCAGACACACUACCAGAUAUUGAUGAACUCAGCACUAUCAAUCAAGUGACUAACGGAGAUAUCGAGACUGCAUCUGAAGCAUCGGAGGAACCAGAUCUUAUCAUUAGUAAAGUCUCUAGCUCCAGGAGUGUCAAUGAUGACACAGGUGAAGAUACUGUUGUCACGUACAAAGAUGACAGCACCCCUGUAACCAGUCCAAGAGCUCACUCGGCCACUCCUACCAAGCUCCGAGCCCCAUCACUCAAGAUGCAGAGGGGAGAUGACCAGGUGGAACAUGCACAGCCUCAGGGGAUGAAGCACUUCAUCAGGAGACAGAAAAUGGCUGAUAUGGCUCAGCGUCGAUACACAGCGCCACCAAACCAAGCCGGCCUGAAGUUGAAGUCUGUUAUUGGUUACAAUGGAAAUGGACGUGGCAAUAUGGUAUGGCAGCCAGACACUGGGUUCUUUGCUUAUUCUAGUGGCUGUAUUGUGGUUGUGGAGGACCUGAAUAAGGGCACGCAGAGGCAUCUUUUAGGUCAUGUGGAAGAGGUGUCAUGCAUGGCCGUACAACAUGAUUGUCAGCUGCUAGCCUCAGCAAGUGGUGCCCAGGGUUUGACCAACAGUCAGAUUUGUGUCUGGGACCUUGAGAAUAUGGUGUGUAAGAAAGUGCUCUCCCAUCAUGAGUAUGAUGUUGUCUGCCUCGACUAUGCAAGAGAUGAUCGAUUCCUUGUUUCAGCAGGCGACUACCGUGAAUGCUCGGUGGUUGUAUGGAGUACCUACACCUAUACCAUCCUGACUGCAACCAAGGCUACAUUACCCAUCCACAGCAUUAAAUGGGAUCCAUACACUAUGAAUGAAUUUGCUUCCGUUGGUGAGAAUGGGGCUGUUCUCUUUUGGCUGCUGGACGAAGGUGCUGGUCCUGACAGUGCAACCCUCAAUGUUCAUGAGGCAGACGUGCCUGAGGAAAUUCUCAAGACUAGAACGUUUGGAGUUUUAGCUACCUUCACGUGUCUUGAGUAUGCUGGUGAUAACAUUCUGUAUAUUGGUAGCAGUGAGGGUAAAGUCAGUGCCUGGGACACCAGACAGAACACAUGCUUUAUGCACUGGGAGGCUGACAAGGAGGAAUUAGAAUACAUCUCAUGCCAUAGCGGACGUAUGAUCACAGCCAGUGCAGCCAACAACCUACGCAUCUGGACAGUGACGGGGAUCUGUGAGAUGAAGCUGCCUGGAGGUAGUGGCAGCCAGGCGGUCAGGAAAGGAGGCUUGACCAUGGAAGAUGAAAUGAACCUGGAUGGUGCUAUAACCUCUAUGGCAUUUGAUGAAACACUGGACUUGGGUAUAGUUGGUACGACUGCUGGUACUCUGUGGUACAUCAACUGGGCUGAGCGGACCAGUAUCAGGCUCAUCUCGGGGCAUAAACACAAGGUGAAUGGUAUUGCCAUGUCAGAGGAGAACUACUUUGCUACCUGUGCCGAUGAUGGCAGUCUGCGACUCUGGUUUCUUGAAGGGCGAGAGCAGACAAUACAAUUCCAAGUGCAAGACCAGGCAUGCAACUGCUUGGCAUUUGCGCCACCACGAGAUGACACCACUAUUCUCUCACAACACAUCAGUGAAACACUAGCUACCGUCCACAAGACCAGCACGCAGCUGACGUUACCGAGUAUUGUGGCUGGUUACAGCGAUGGAACGGUGCGAGUGUUUGAUGUGAACCGGGUGGAGAUGAUGUUGAAAAUGCAUCCCCACGCUGUGGCGGUGACAGCAAUCAGCUUCUCAACUGAUGGUCGGAUGAUCUUAUCAGGGGCCAGUGACGGACUGAUAGCAGUGAGCAGUACCACGACUGGAAUGACUGUUCGAGUUAUCAAUGACCACAAGGGAGCUCCCAUCACCAACAUUGACACAGUUUACAUGGGGAAUGAAGAAUUCUCCAUCCCCGGUGCCCAGCUGUGGUUGGCUACGAGUGUGGAUCGUCGUGUCAGUGUCUGGUCAGUCGAUUGGUCGAAGGAUUCUUGUGAGCUCAUCGAUUGGCUGACGUUCUCUGCACCAGCUUUUGCUCCUGAUGGCUCAGUUGUAGACAAAUCUGCCUUGAGCUACUACCAGAGCCUACCUCCCAGCAUAGCCAAGUUCUCCCACGAAGAUUCUGACAUCAUUGUCUAUAUUGGUUAUGGCAUGCAGCGCCAGGUGCAGUUCUACAGCAUGGGUCAGCGCAAGGUGGUGAGGACGGCUCCUCUCACUCACUGGUCCACUGCUAUGGAUCUCAGUCCACGGUCGGGACUGGUCGCCCUGGGAACAAAAGAACGUCUGCUGAAGUUGAUGGAUUACUAUGAAGGAAGUUUCCAGGAUUUCAUUGGUCAUAGUGAUGGGCUCGAUUUAGUCAAGUUUUCACCUGAUGGAAGAUACCUCUUUACAGGAUCGCAUGCUGAGAUCUUGCUGUGGGAGGUCGUCAUCUAAUUGCUGGACCAUGUUCGUUGAAUGUAGACCAUUCCUAUGGCUACCCUCUCAUUUCUCAAAUAGUACUCAUCUCCAUGACACAUCCAACCUGUGAUCAUGUCUUCAUGAGGAUAUAUUUGAAUGAGAUUACAAAAAAAGAGAAUAUUAAGAUUUAGGUGAUGACUUACAUUAUGUGAGAAAGGUUGACAAAAUAUGACUAGUCUCUUUCAUUACCCCACAUGUGUGUUCAUUUGUACAAGUAGUGUGAUGGAUUCAUUUUCUUCCAUGACAUUUGGCAUUUGUGGCUUUUACAUGUACGUCUGUACAUGUACAUGUAUAGCUUAUGUAACAUGUACAGUCACUGAGUGCCUUCCUUUUGGAGUUUAUUCGAAUAGCUGAUUCCUUUCCCUGUUUACCAGUUGCUUAGUACUUAAAUUGCAUUUAGAUCAGUUGUUAUUAUACGCUGCAGAGCAGCUUUUGAUCAUGUCAUAUAUCUGUACAGAGUAGAAUUUUGCAAGCAGGACUUGUUCAUUGUAUUAUAGAGGUUAUUGUUCAUUCCGUCUUGAAAGUACCAAAUUUUAGAACUGUUUAUAUAAAGUUACAUGUGUUAUGAAUAAUGUACAUUUAGUAGUGCAGCUUUUAUAAAAUGCUACAGCUUUGCUUAGUGUGGAAAACUCCCAUUUAAAAACAUAAGUGUACCCCUGCUUAUGAUAAAGCGAUCCAUUUUUCCAAGAUAAACCAUACAAAUACACAUACGUAGAAAUAAACCUUCAUUACACAUUCCAUGAAAACAAAGAUGAUUGUACAUUUAUCCCUUAUAUUUCUUCUUCACUACCAUCUUGGAGCUUCAAGGCUUAAAAUUCAAGCUAUUCUGAUGUGCUCAGAGUAAA